GCCAACUCUGUCCUUUCCGGAGCAAGGGCCCCUGCUACGUCUUUCGUGCAGGCAUGGACAUAUUGGAGAAGAUCAUCUCCUUAGGCCAGUUCGUCUACAACCAGUGUGAAGAGAUGAAGUACUGCCAGCGCCAAUGUCAGCGCCUGGGGAGCCGCAUCCAGGGCCUGCUGCAGCCUUUGCAGGUGCUCCAGGCCCAAGGAGCCGGGAACCUGUCUCCACAGCUCACCGCCGCCUUGUGCCGUUUGCAGACAGCCUUAACCGAAGCUAAGAUGCAGAUGAAAACGUUUAAGAACAAAUCCAAUAUCCUGAAGUUCCUAAGAGCGAGGAAUGUCACAAUGCUCUUCAAAGAGGUGAACGAGUGUCUGAGAGAUGCCUCGGAGGAACUCUCGCUGCUGCUGCUGGCCAAACAGCGGAUCUUUGUUCCCAGCUCUUCCCAAAGAGAGUCCUGGCGAAAGGAGGAUCAGCAGGACGCAGAGGAAGACUGGGGAAAGGACAACAUCAACUGUUUACUGGAGCAGCUGGAAAGCAUCAUUCAAACUUUGAGGCAAUGCUUGCAGAAGCCCAUGAAGCAGUUUCCCCAAGAAUACAUCAGGGAGAUUAAGAAGGAGCAGCUCUCAGGGUCCCCGUGGAUAGAGCUAAGGAAAAGCGAAUCCAGCAUCCUGUAUAAAGGAGAAUACAGCAAAUGUCCCGUGACCAUAAAAGUGUUCAACAGCUCGCAGUCCAGCACUGGACUAGUGAGGAGUACUUUCAAUAAGGAGAUCAGAACCAUGAAGAAAUUUGAAUCUCCCAACAUCCUGCGUAUAUUUGGGAUUUGCAUUGAUGAGGAAGAGAAUCCCCCUCAGUUCUGCAUCGUCAUGGAGCACUGUGAACGGGGCACCCUGAGGGAACUGCUGGAUAAGGAACCGAACCUGGAAUUUGGUGUGCGCAUCUUCCUCUCUCUGGAGGCCGCCAAAGGCUUAUACAGCCUGCAUCACUCCGAAGAACCUGAGCUCCACAGAAACAUCACCAGCACAAGCUUCCUGGUCACUGAGAGCUACCACGUGAAGCUUGCAGGAUUUGAGCUGAGCAAAACACAGACUUCCAUCAGUCGGGAAGCGAAGCAAAAGAGAGCGGGGAGAGUCAAUGUUACCGCAUACGUCUCCCCGCAGGGACUGAGCAAUGUGUUCCACAAAUAUGACGAAAAAGCAGAAAUAUACAGCUUUGGCAUCGUCCUCUGGGAAAUCGCCACUGGGAACAUCCCAUUUGAAGGCUGGGAGUCUAGGAGGAUCCAAGAGAUGGCAAAGGCAGAAGGGUACCAAGAGCCACUGGGUGAAAAUUGCCCUCCAUUGCUGCAGGAGACCAUCAAUCAGUGCCGGGCCUAUGAGCCCUCCGAGCGGCCCUCUGUGAAGGAAAUCGUAAUGAAACUAUCUGCCAUUGAGUAGUGCCUUGGACUCUAAGCCAGCAAGUCUUUGGAUAAGAAGCUGAGAGAGGCAUCGCUCUCUUAUCUGCUUUUGCAAUGAAUUAUUCCUUCUGCUGGAAGGCAGCACUUCACUCCCGAUAGAAAACAAACCCAGCCACCCAGCACAUCCUUCUCCAAAUAGUAUUUCCAAAACUGUAUCUCUGAUGGUAAUUUUGGUAGAUGUUUUGCAAAUAUCUCUCAGUAUCCACACACCUCUCGACAGUGUGGCUUUGUAGCCCUCUUCUACCAAGACGUGGCGUUUACCCACCCACCCCCAUUUGAACUGAAGUUGGCAUUGCCGUUUGUUUAGGCAAGUACCAUGUGAAGAAUUGCUGAUGUGCCAAUUCUGAGCCAAGCUUCAAGAGACCUUACCAACACUCCAUCUCUUUCUCAGGAGCCUCCCCAGGCAUGAAUGAGCCUGGCUGACAUGCUGGAGGGUGAGAGACAAAGUGGGACAAACCGGCUCAGUGACAUCCAAAGUUAGGCUGCCAUCCUGAAUCUAGGAUUUCCCAUCUUGUCACAUGUGUACCCCCAGUCCCUCCCCUUCAUGUUGGGUGUAUACCCCUAGAUCGCCCCCCCCCAUUACUCUAUUACCUAUAGUACAACCCCUUCCUGUGACAUAUGUAAUCCGGGGGCUUGCCUAUCCCCAAAGAUAUAAAAACCUGGGUUAGUAAUAAAUCGUGCUCCCUCUCUC